AUAGAACAAUAAUAACGAAGAGGGGAAAAAAUGCCAAUUUUCGAGAUUGUAAAAGAACAUAGUUGAAAUGGGUAAAAUGUAUUUGGGUGUUAGUGUGAGAUAGGAAGAAUUGAAUCUAUUUUGAUAGAGUAAUGACAGCAAGAUGAGAUAAAAAAAGUGAUAGCGAAUUUUUGAAAAGAUAAAAGUAGAAGGGAUGAAAGGUCUGCAGUUUUAACAGUUCCGCUUGUUACGAGGUUUGUAGCGCGGAAUUCCUGGAAUUGAGGAACCGCGAUUCCACGGGAAAUCGGCGGACAGCACGCGAUACAGUUUACGACGAUCUAACAUGAAGACAGAAUCCUUGUGUUAAUCGCGUAUGUACAGAUAUAAUCGUAGAAAGUUGCUCUCCUCUGGAUAAAUGCAGUGUACAUCACAAGCAUUGACAUCGUAUUGUUAAUUGGGAAAUUAUGUUACAAUUAUUGCCCAUAAACACACUUUCCAAACCUUCUUUUCUAUGGCUUGAGAUAAUAGAAAGAUGCACAAUGUUAUCGUUAAAAAUAAUAGUAAGCUAAUAAUAAUAGGGGAGGAUUAUUCGAGAUCACAAUUAAGAUCAAUAUAAUUUCUCAAAAGCUUGGAUUUUCGUGAAAAUGAAAUUUUAAGAAGUCGGACGUUCAACUAAGAAUGAACGUUCAAUUGAAGAAAUGGAGUGAAGAUUAACACAAAAGUCUCGUUUGAAACGAGUCUUCCAGAAAAGAGCCACCGGAGCAGAAAUAGUCAUGUCGUGUACAAAUCGAGGAAAACAGAAACGUUGUCGGAGCAGUUCUAUUCAUGUGCCAGCUGAAAAAGCAUUGUAACGUUCCACGAGGAAGCGAAGGGCAAUUUCGUAGCUUCCUGCGUGAAUACGGUGACGCGAAUAAUUGCGCGAGAAACGGGACAAAUAGCAAAAAGAAGGGGAAACAGAUGAAAGAAAAGGAAGGACGAAAAGCCUAGACCUGCAAAGUCAUAGUCAUCAUUGCGGUCCUCUUUUGUUCUUUGUUUCGAGCGUUGCAUGUCGUUAUAAUGAUCGAUAUUGCCGCUUUAUUUCCAAAGAAAUAUAACGGUCGAGUGUUGUUGACGAUUAAAUGGCGAAGAACACGAACUCGAUUCUAGAUGUCUGUGCAAAAACUAUCGGAAACGGCGCGAUAACCAGAACGAUCGUGAUAUCUUUUCAGAGAACUCAAUCAGAGAAAUGAUUUAUUUUAUACUUUCUUUGAUCAAUCGUAAUUAAGUAAUUGUGCGUAUCACUUGAUUCAGAGCGCAAGAAAUUUUAAUUGAUCCCAUAGUAAAACAUAUUAUAAUUAAGGAUAAUCGGGAGAUCCGUUGUGCGCACGCAACACGUUAAACAGAUCGUGUUUACAUCCGGAAUCACGAAAGCUUAUCCUUCUACUUGCAAUUACUCGGCGAUUUAGCAUGAUGCACCGUGAAAAUUUAUAGACGAUCCUUCUUACGUGAUUCUGCGUAAUUAACGAGUAGAUGAUUUCAUACACGUUAAUCAAGCAAUUAACAAAGCAUGCAUAAACACAAAAAUACUUCUUCUUCCAGAUCCAAUUAUACGAAUUAACCAACAAUUUUCCUUAAAAUCCGAGUCACCAUAUCUCAACAAAAUCGAUUUCUACGAUUAGCCAGAACGUUUCCUUUCGCGAUGUGAUCGCGUCGUCAUAUAAGUUAUAUUGCCAGCCUCCACUUUGCUAAGACACCGCCCUGUAAACAGACCACGCUUGAACAAUCCAGAUCGAUUACUCGAGUGUGAAACGAACCUCGAUUAACGAUCGAGAACGGGACACAAUCUCGCAUCGUCUCAUCGUCGUCGACGAUCGAUAGAUUCUUCCACCGCUGAAAAUGUUACGAAGACCCAUCGUCUUCGACGUCGUCCAAUGAUCAGAGAGAACAGAGACGGAGGUGGACGUGAAUGGACAGUGAAUCCUUCGUCACGCGUCAGUACCAAGUUAGAUGGCGGUCUCCUUCUCUGGGCUUUUCACGUUUCACCUAUAUAAACUAAUGGUCCGGCCUAGGGCGAAUGUCAGUUAACAUUUCAUUUGCCAGCUGGACAGUUCGUCUGUCAUCAUCUUGUGCCGUCAUACUUUUUUCAUCGUCAGAUCCUUCGAUGAUCGUGAAUCAUAGUUUACUACAGCCUUUAGGUGGCAUCCAUUCUUUUUGUGAAUUUUAGUAAGAUAAAUUGAAUCUUUUUAUUUCUCCGAAGUGUGUGCCGCGCUGCUUCUCGAUUCUCCGUAGAAUAUUAACUACUGGUGAAGGAAAUUCUCAGAUGAGACAGAAGAAUGCUGAUGGUAUACCCGCUGUUUCUUCUGCCUUUGUUAACGGCGACCGAAACCACGCAGCCCACGAUGAUGCAGGAGAGUUGGAAGCCUCAGUUGGAAAAUUCGACGACUCCUGCGGACUGGAUCAGUGACAGCAUUCUAAACGCUGUGGACGAUGUUCUUCCUGUGACACGUUCUUCUUUCGAAGCUCGCAAGAAGAAGAGGCACAAGCUGAACAAAUACAUCCUCCCCUUGAUUGUAGGAGUUAUAUUAAUCAAAUCGAUUCUUCUGCCUAUAGCGUUGAAAACUUUGGCUAUAUUAAGUGGGAAGGCAGUGGUUCUGAGUUUGAUGAGUCUAAUUCUGGCAGCUAUAGUAGGAUUGAAGAAGGUCGCUCAGGCUCACUCCACAAGCUACGAGGUGGUAAAUAUGCCCGUGAAUAAAUACAAGAGACAGGACUUUUUCGAGGGCGACGACACGGUGGACACUGAGCCUUACAAAUUUUAUAGGGAACGCCACAGGAAAAAGUAAAGACUCAUUACUAUUGAAAAUGUUAAAAACGUUUUGUUCAUUUCACCCUCGACCCCUACGUAUUUUAUAAUUCAUCGGUCGAUAGAAAAUCAAAUAUUAAUUUUAUUCCGUGACUUAACUAUACGCAGAGAAUCCAUUGUCUGUUCUGUCAAACAAGCUUAAAGCUGAUAAAAUUUUCCUCGUUCAAACUGACGCAAACGAAACUUGCUAAUUAUUCCAUAAUGCAACAGAAAAAAGCCGAGAGGUUAAUAAACGGAAAACGAAGCGAACCGUAGAAAGUGUUUUCGAACGGUAGCGAAUCAUUAUUUUACGCUUGCAAAUCAAAUCGUGCUUGCUGUAAGGAAUGCUCGAUUCCUUGGAAACGAUACGUAUAAUUCUAUAC